CGAGGGCGCUGCUGGGUUGGAUAAGAGGAGGAAGUGGAAACAAGGAGCAUUAAGGGGGAGUGAAUGGGCAAAACAAGCCAGAGCGCGCUACUACAGUUUACACUUGCGUUCUCGCUCGAUUGCCUGGAACACCGAACCUGCUUUUUGUGUGAGCAUGCAGGCAGGGAGGAGCAGCAGCCAGGGGGCUUCCAAGGAGAAUUUCAGGCUGCACGUGGUCACAUGGAACGUGGGCACUGCGGAACCCCCCAGUGAUGUCACCUCCCUGCUGGAGCUGGACUCCCAGGAUGCAGUCGACCUCUACGCGAUUGGUCUGCAGGAGGUGAAUGCGACUCCUGUGAGAUUCAUUGUGGAUCUGGUCUACGAGGACUCCUGGAGUCAAGCAUUUAUGACUAGUCUGGCACCAAUGGGCUAUGUAAAGGUCUCCUCCAUUAGAAUGCAGGGACUCCUCCUGUUGAUCUUUUCCAGACUGACCCAUGUCCCCUUCAUUCAGGACAUUCAGACCACUUACACACGCACCGGCAUCUUUGGCUACUGGGGCAACAAGGGAGGGGUGUCUGUGCGUCUGUCCUUCUACGGCCACAUGCUCUGCUUCCUCAACUGCCACCUGGCGGCGCACAUGCAGUACGCCACGCAGCGGGUCGACGAGUUCGAGUACAUCCUGGACUCGCAGGACUUCGACAUGCACAACACGCCGCAUGUACUGGACCACAGGCUGGUCUUCUGGUUCGGGGAUCUGAACUUCCGGAUUGCAGAUCACGGCAUGCAUUUCCUGCGGUCCGCCAUCAACAGCAACCGCUUGAAUCUACUGUGGGACAGAGACCAGCUGACGAUGAUGAAGAAGAAGGAGGCCUUCCUGCAGGAGUUUGAGGAGGGACCUCUCACUUUCAGGCCCACGUACAAAUUUGAUCGGUUUUCCGAGAACUACGACACAAGGCCACAGAAGACUUGGUUGGGGUUUAAUAGUAAGAAGAGGAAGCCGGCUUGGACUGACAGGAUCUUGUGGAGAGUGAAGCCCAAAGAGAACGGGGAGGAGCGGACCAAUUUGGAGGACGAAGACGAUGAACUUUCCCUUAAAGUGUCACAGGACACUUACACCUGUAACAUGGACUACGGUGUGAGCGACCACAAGCCCGUUAUCAGCACCUUCAGGCUGGAGCUGAAGAAGAAGUUUGGGACCCCGCUGGUCCGGGUGAGUGCAGAGGGCGAGUGGAGCGCGGACCACGACGCCAUAGCAACCUACAGCAUUCUGGAACCCUUUCCCUCCAGCACCUGGGACUGGAUCGGCCUCUAUAAGACUGGGUUCAAGAGUCCCAGAGACUACGUCACCUACACCUGGGUGAAGGACGAUGAGGUGUCUAGCAGCGAUGAGAUUGUAAAGGUUUUCAUGAAUAAGGAGGAGAUCCCGUUGCUCGGAGGCGAAUACAUGCUUUGUUACUAUAGCAGCAAUAUGCAGAGCAUUGUGGGUAUCAGCCCCCCUUUCCAGGUGCAGGAGUCCAAGGCGGCCAUCGAACAGGGGUUGGUGCCUGAGAACAUCAAUGGAUUGGACAAGCUUACUGCAAAGUAAUGCAGGCGGACCCCUGUGCGGGCACGCCCCGCCCCCUUCCUUGGAACAAUCUGAUAGGCCACGCCUCUCUGGAACCACGCCCACUCGUUUCCCAGAAGCUGGGAGAUCUGUUUGCGCAGCUGUGCUUCUGCCGUUUCUCCUGAAAAUCCUCUCUAUGAAUAAUACUGAUAUCAGUGGUUCUCUCUUGCUCUUAAAGAUCGUCCUCUUGUAUGGUAAAGCAUGUGGUAUCUGAAGCAGGUGUUUACAGACAUGGUCCUGGGACCACCCUGUGUCUGCUGGUUUUUGUUCUAACCACAAUUGCAAUCCCAGAAUUUUAACAAGCUGUUCAUUUUUCUUAAUUAGCAAAAACCGGCAUAAACAGGGGGGCCCCUAGGAAUGAGUCGGGGAAACCCUGAUCUAAAGGACUGAAGGUGAUUAUAAAGUGAGGUUUUGUGCAAUGUCAUUGGAAGUGGUUGUGUAGAGAAGCACAGAGAGGCUUGGGUGCGUGCGUGCAUGUGUAUGUAUGUAUGUAUGUAUAUGUAUGUAUGUAUGUGUGUGUGUUUGAGAGAGGGUGUGUGUGCACGUGCAUGUGUGUGUGUGUGAGAGAGAGAGUGUGUGUGUGUGUACGCACACACAUGCGUGCAUGCAUUUUCUGUGCAUGACUGGAGUCUUGUAUAUCUGAGUCCAAGGUCGGGGAUGGUGGUGAACUGGUGUCCCUCUGGAAGGAAAUCUUUUUUCUUUUAAUCAAUAUUUUAAUCAGUAUUUCAUUAAUAGUCAAUAUUAUUGUAUAAAACAGAGUAGAAAGUCAAAAUGAAUGAGAGAUACCAAAUAGAGUGAUAUUAUGACAAAACAUAAGUAUAAAUAUAUUUUCUUAGUUGUAAUUUUUAUAUAUUGUUAUCAUUAACUGCCUGUGUCUUGAGAUGUGCUGUAAUUUUAAUAUAUGUGUUGAUCACAUUCAGAAUUAUUUUAGAUAUCUGUCUGUUACAAUAUUUGAAGUUGGUCACAAAUUUGCACAAUUUUAUUUUCUGUUAAUGGAUUUUUGAAGAUGUAUGUUCUGAGACACAGUUGUUAGACUGUUCAUGUUACUAAUGACAUUUAGUUGCGUAUGUGUGUCUUGUCACCGGCAGAAUUUUUUGUUUUCUGAUCUGGAAUUGUAAAACUAGGAGAUAAAUGAACAUUAAACAAUGGGCCUAAUGUGAAAAAAAAGGAAAAGAAUAAAUGCACCUGCAAUUGAACACACAAACAAGCUCAGGACUGCAGAGAUGAAACAGUCCCCAACCACUCAUCUGAGCCUGUGUGCCUAUGUGUGAAUAUGUGGCUGUAUGUUGCAGUACUCAUGUGCAUUAAAACUAUAUGGCGUGACAUGUACUGUAGAUAAUUUUGUAGCCUAUUUUUGCAGGAUAAUUCUUAUUUAAAUUUUCUUGUCCUGCAUCUUCAUCUGGCAAACUGAUUUAUUGAUGUAAAUUUAAAAACUUUGAUUUUUGAUACACUUGAAGUGUUGGAUCUUGCAUCAGAAUGAUCUGUGCACAAACUCACAAUUGUAUUUUAUGUACGGAAAAUACUGUACUCAUUGUAAUCUCUAACUAAAACUCUGCCAUCAGUCUUAAACUCAAUUAUCUUUUUCUUUAAAGUCCCAAGAAUAAAAUCUUUUGAAUAUUAUAUGAUUAGCAUAUAUGGUGUGCAGCAAGUGCUGUCACUCUAUCUUUUUCCCCCCUCCCUCCCUCCCUCCCUCCAUUUCUCCCUCCAUGGAAGGCCUGAAGUGCUCUUUACUUGGUGUAAAAAUAGAGAACAUUUGGCAAACACAAUUGUUUUAUGAAAAAUCUUAUUAAACACAAAUAAAUUUGAUGUUCUGGUGUGCUUCGGUUGUUACACUGUUACCUGCUUCCUUUAUUACGGCUAUUAUUUGUGGUAGUAGUAGUAAUAGUUGUCAUGGUAAUAACCUUUUGGUUGAAAACCACAUUUGAAAGGAAGGAUGAUUUCUGUUAAAUUAAAACAAUGCAUGUACACCCACGUGCA